AUGUCACUCUGGCAGAGUUGGUCUGAAUGGGGACGCCUUGCUGUGGCUGCAGCUCUUUCAAUCCCUGUACAAGGUGUCAUCCCCACAACCAACCACGUGGAAUCUUUCAAUGCUAUCUUGGAGUGGAAAUAUCUCCACCAAUAUUUACAUUCUGGCCACCGACUGUGUUUUGAUAUUUUGAUAUUCCUAUUGCUCACUGAAAUCCUACCCCAGGUAUACAGUCGUCGACAGAUGCAAAGACAGCAUUAUUUGUGGCUGGAUUCACGAUUUCGAGAAGGUGCUGGUGGCCAGAACCUUGGAGAACUUCAGCAGAAAUUCAUUGCCAAAAAGCAAGAGCAUUCUCAAGCUCUCAUCAGUGUUUGCUGGUGGGCUGUCGAUGAGUCUAGGAACAUUCAAGCUCAACAUAUCCUUCAGUCUUAUUGGCUGCAAACUCCUUCCUUCGGUUCCAACCAUGAUAUGUUUGUGACAACUUGCGCUUCAAUGUCUGGUUCUACAUCUUACCAGCUCACUAUUUCUCGCUUUGGCAAUGCUUCGUGUUCUUGCCCAAACUUUUACAGCCAAGGAGGAGCUUGUAAGCACCUCCGUGCUUUCCGUUAUGUUAUCAAUGCAUGGACCGAGAAACCAUUUCACUAUCCUCAAACAUUAGCUAGUGCCCAGGAGAUUGCCUGUCAAACCAUGUCAUCUAAAACUUCUAAUCUGAUGGCUGUGGUUCCCAAAUCUCAACUGUCCCCAGAACCUAUUGACUGGGCUGUAAUUCAAGCUCUUGGUGGUGACUCUACUAUCCUAGGAAAUGGUCUUGAUGAGCAGGGGGACACAGAUAGCGAGGCUAUUGUAGAAUCACCCGCUACCAGCUUGGAUUCUGAUGAGGACCCUCUCAUGGAUCUCAACCUCUUUCAGCACUCUGCUAUUGGAAUACAGAUCAAGGCAGUAGCGCUUCCAGAAUCUCCGGAAAUCUCAGAAUCAAGCACAGUAGUUGAGGCGCUCUCAAUUCAACUGACAAGACCCCGCACUAUGGCCUCUCCACAUCUGACUGCCCCACCUCCCUCUCGGCCUAUCUCCCCAAUCUCAAGUCUCCCAAUGACUACGAGGAAGUUCCGUAGAACUGUAUCUGAUUCGCUUCCCGUUUUGGGUGAACCUUUGGAGCGUUGA